AUGGAAAACUGCACCAUGAUCACACAGUUCAUCUUAGUGGGAUUCCAAGGUGACCGUGAACUGCAGCUUGGUCUGUGCUUCCUCUUCCUGCUGCUUUAUAUCAUCACUUUGAUGGGGAAUAUUGGCAUGGUCACCAUCAUCACCAUUGACGCACAACUCCACAGUCCUAUGUACUACUUCCUGAAGAACUUGUCCUUCUUAGAUAUUUGCUAUUCUUCCAUAAUCACUCCCAAAGCCAUGUUGAACUUUGCAACUAGGAAGAAGGGCAUUUCCUACAAUGGAUGUGCCAUUCAAAUGUUCUUCUUCUCUCUCUUUGGUACUACCGAGUGUUUCUUCUUGGCGGUCAUGGCAUACGACAGGUUCAGUGCCAUCUGCAGCCCUUUGCUUUACCAUAUGACCAUGUCCAAAAAGACCUGUGCACUUCUGGUGGCCGUUUCGUACUUCUUCGGCUUUCUAAAUUGCUGCACACAGACGGGCCUCACUUUCAGCUUGCCUUAUUGUGAGUCAGGUGAAGUCAACCAGUUCUUUUGUGAUGUCCCAGCUGUUAUUCAGGCCUCUUAUACAAACACUUUUGUCAAUGAAAUUGUACUCCUAGCAAUGUGUGGUUUUAUCAUAGUUGUAACAGCGACAAUUGUCCUAAUCUCCUAUGGAUACAUUGUUGCUACAAUCAUGCGCAUACCUUCUGUUCCAGGGAGAUACAAAGCCUUCUCAACAUGUACUUCUCAUAUCAUGGCUGUAACCUUGUUCUAUGGGACAGCAUUUUUUAUGUAUGGCCAACCUGGGGCCAUGGCUUCCCCUAACCAAGGCAAAGUAGUUUCUGUCUUUUACACCAUAGUCAUUCCAAUGUUGAACCCACUAAUAUACAGCCUAAGGAACCAAGAUGUCAAAGAUGCCUUAGGGAGACAACUAAAAAGGAUGUCGUCUUCCCAGUAA